CUUCUCAAUCUGUUUGGACUCAGAAGUUGAGCUACACAAGUUAUAGCAACCCGAUAUAACAUGGCACCCAGAAAGACGAAGCAGCAGGCGCUGAAACCAAAGACAUUGAAGAAGAAUUUGAAGGCGAGGCUCCAAGCGGAGCAACUGAAAGCGGUGACGGGAAAGAUCAGAGAAGAUCAAAAAUGCAUAAGAGAGAAACAAAGAGAACUGAGAGGACGGUUUGGAGAGAUUGAAAGGCAAUGCGUGCAACUCAAAGAAGCAACUGAAUUGAUCGUGAAGCAAACUGCCCGCACGCAGAUUAAGCUCCUUCUCAUGCUCAAAAUCAUGAAAGCCCGCCGAGGUGGAGACUUUAAGGAAGCUGCUAUGCUCACUCACUUCCUUCGUGUAAUUGUUUCCAACGAAAGAGCAAAUGCAAGCUCGGCUGAAGCCAGGAAUGAACAGCCACAGAGAACUCCCCUAACAUGCAGCGACUAGGGAGCCCUUAGUGAGGGCAAACAUCAGAGUACUGAGCUUCUGAUACUGUGUACAAAAAAGUUUUCUCUUAAUUGCGUAUCGAUAAAACUAUAUAACUCGAAGGUUUUAAGUUAGGGUUUUAAUUGAAAAGAAUGAAAUUUGUAAAUGUGAAAU